AUGGAACGCUUUAAGUUGCAUUUUGCCAAAAUCAAACGAAUUUUCAAAGAGCAGGAAUACCCGGACAUGAUCUGCAUUCAAUUUUCCCUUAACAUAUUAACUUUCCUUGGACAAUGGCGACAUCAGCAACAAACCAGGCGCUACCGUGUCUAUUUUUAUUUGGUAAAUGUUGGAAUGUUCCUCCACGCUUGUACACUCUUGUGGGAUUGGAUGGAUAUCUAUAACGAUUUAAUAGCGUUGGGCGACAACUUGUGUGUGUCGUCGGGAGUUGUGUUGGUUUUGUACAAAAAAUGGUACCAUAAUUAUUAUUCCAGCGAGUUUGAGCAGAUUUUCGAAAAGUUCAAAUUAUUCAACAAGCAGAACAACGAGCGUGACAAGACGGUUCGAGAUUUGACUAGGAAGUAUUUCAUAGAAGAGUACGUUCUGAUCGUCAUCACAGUUUUUCUCGGUUGGUCGCUGAUAAUUGCAAUAUGCGGACAUUCAUUGUUUGAUUCAACUAUGCCGAUUCGGGCCAAAUUCCCAAUGGAAAUGGAUUCAGCUGGACACUCUGCGAUUAUCUUUUGCUUUCAACUGUGGAUGAGUACCUUUAUCAUACAGGCGAUAGUCUUUAUCGACGGCAUCGGGGGCCAGGUUAUGAGUCAGAUGACACUCCACUAUCAUGUUUUGUUUCGUGACUUUAAGGCAAUCGGCACGGAUGAAUGUGACAGUGCCCAACUAGAGCGGGAUGCGCAAAAGUUAAUUAAAAGACAUCAGGAAUUAUUGGACUUUGGUCAGAAGGUCAACGCUCUGUAUCAACCGAUGCUGAUGGCGCAACUUGGCUGCAGCUUAUCGAUGAUUUGCCUCACAGCGUUUGAAGCAACAAUAACUACCGAUGAAUUGUUCAUAUUUCUACGCUUUACUGUUUACGCGAUAUCAGUAUUCAUUCAACUUCUGUACUGGUGUUAUUAUGGCAAUCGGGUAACGCACAUGUCAUCAACCAUCAAUGAAGCUUUGGUUAACUGCAAUUGGAUGGAAGGGAACUCUUCGUUCAAAAAAGAUCUAAUGAUAGUAAUGAUGCGAGCUCAAAAGCCUUUUGAAUUCAGAGUUUAUGGCUAUUUUCCUAUUUCUUACGAAACUUUUCUGUCGGUACUGAGCCGAUCAUAUUCAUUCUUUACUCUUUUCAGAACUGUUAGUAAGUAGUUGGUGGAAUACAAUUUAAGUAAACUGAUCAGUUAUAGUCACUCUGCAAUUAUUGGUCAAUCAGCGGGAAACAAAAUAAUUAUAAAACAACUGAUGUGUAUAAGUCGGUGGAAAUGUAAAAUAUUACCUACAUAGCUACUGUCAGUGUCAGUAGGAUCAUAGCACUAG